AUGGCACUUAUUGCUACACCUUGUUCGACACAUACAGCCGAUGACAUGAUUACGACCAAAGCUCGAGCACUGCCUGUAAUCGAAGUCAAAGGAAUCCCAGCUGGAAACCCUGACUUUGAGGAACUGCGAUGGGCCAUGCUGAAUCUAUUUGAUUCCAAAGUGCCCGAAGAAUUGCGCGUACCGCAACACUACAUCGAAUGUCCGCCCCGCGACGUCACGCAGAUACCCAGGUCUUGUGGUAUUUUGACCCCUGAGCAGAUUGAGAUUACGGAAAACUAUGAUGCGUUCGGAUUAGCUGCCGCAAUCGCUGAUCGCAAGUAUACCGCUGUCGAAGUUGUCGAAGCGUUCUCAAGACGUGCGAUCAUAUGUCAUCAAAUUACUUGUUGCUUGACGCAAUGGUUCCCUGGAGACGCUGUCAAACAAGCUCAAGCACUUGACGAGCAUCUAGCUCGAACUGGAACGACCGUCGGACCUCUUCACGGUGUGCCAAUCAGUCUCAAAGAACAUAUACCGGUCAAAGGGCAGAAUACCUGUUUCGGCUUCCUGAAGGGGAACGUGACAAGUACAGAGGACUCAGAUAUGGCUGCUUUGUUGCGGAAUGCGGGUGCCGUGUUCUACGUCAAGACCAUGCAGCCGCAGGGGCUGUUGCAUCUGGAGAGCGAUAACCCUCUGGGACGUGUGCUGAACCCGUUCAAUAUCCAGUUGACUGCAGGAGGGUCUUCAGGCGGCGAGGCUGCCCUACUGGCCCUUCGUGGCUCUAUCCUCGGUGUUGGAACAGAUCUCGGAGGUAGCAUUCGCGUACCUGCUGCCUUCUGCGGUCUUUAUGGCUACAAGCCCACCGUCUACACACUUCCCAUUACAGGCCUGUUGCCUGGAGUCUUUCCGCCAUCCUUGAAUUUGAUCCCAACAGUGGGUCCCAUGUGCCAUUCGAUGCGCGAUAUGAACCUUUUCAUGCACAGCGUGCUCGAACAGAAACCAUACUUGGUGGACCCCUUGCUGGUACCACUUCCGUGGACGGGACUACAGACCCCGAUCCCAGAGAAGAGACUCAAAAUCGGUAUCUUAGAGAUGGACGGCUUGAUAAGACCCAUGCCACCAAUCACACGCGCAAUCUCAUGGACAAGAUCCCAACUCUCCUCCUGCGCGGACGUGGAAGUAAAGACUUUUGCGCCUUAUCCAGCAGAAGGCUUUGCACUCAUCCGCAAACUGAUCAUGCCGGACGGCGGUACAGGUUUUAGAGCCGCUCUGGCUGCAUCAGGCGAGCCGGAACACUACCUUUCCACCGCCGUCAUCAACAAUGCCACCGACAGUAGCACACUGGGUCAACUCGCCCAACUUCGUUGCGAUCGCGACGCAUACCGCCGCCAGAUGGCCGCUCACUGGACAUCGCAAGACGUGGAUGUCGUGCUGAUGCCCACGUUUGUGGGUCCUGCAGCAGCCCACGACACGGCGAUCUACAAAUCCUAUACCAGUAUCUGGAGUCUGGUGGACUAUCCUUGCAUUGCCAUUCCAACACCACUGACAGCAAAAGCAAAAGGAGCAGAGAGGUAUGCGGAUGAGAAUGUCCUUGGUCCAGAAGAUGAGUUUGUAAGGCGUGCGUAUGAGGACACUUCUUUCGAAGGAGCACCCUUGGGGCUGCAGCUAGUCGCGCGUAAGCAUCAUGACAAUCUGUUGUUUGGGGCGCUGGAGCUUUUGAAAAAGCCUCUGAAGCUCAAAUAG